ACUACAAGCGUAUUGAAGAGGAAAAGAACACAAAGGAAUGAGAUCCUGGAAUUCAUCCGCUGUUCUGUUGUUCUUUUCCUUGCCUUUCUUCCUUCUUCUCUCACCCUCGGCUUCUUCAAUUGAUCAUCAAAAUGAAAGAAUCGGACACAGAAUUUUUAUGAGCUUCAAAGAAAUUUCGAAAGAAAGUAAUGAUACUUUCGAUUGCUGUCCCUUUGGUCCGUGUGUUCCUUGCCUUUACUCUGAGAAGAGCGACAAAAAAUACCGAUGUUGUGAGACCGGAUAUCGUAUCCCUUUCAAAUGUGUUGAAACUGAUGAUGGUUCAAAGGCUGAAAAUAAACAAAAAACCUAAAAGGAUAGGUCUAAUCUUGAAAUCUCAGCAAUCGGUGAGAAUUCAAGAAAACGUAGAAGCUUACUCGAUGAUUCAUCCACAUCGGAGAGUAGGGCACAAGCCUACAUCAUCUAUAGAAGCUGUAUACCUGUAUUUAAUGAAGAGAAGUUAUCAGUACUCUGUUUUGAGGGAAUUAAUUUUGGCUUACUGCUCAUUAGUGGUUCAGUUGUAUUCUUAAGAAGAAAGCGGGCCAUUACCAUGCCUGGAGUUUCUACAGGGAGGAUCCAAUCUAACUCUAGGUUUUAAUUUACAAGCCCUUUAAUAUGAAACCGACUUUGUUGAUUAUUGAGGCUUUGAAGUAAUUUAGCAUAAAACAACGUCUACAGGUAAAGCUUUAUUUGCUCUUUUUUUUCAUUAUUUUUUUUUAAUUUUUUAAAAUCUCGAUGUUGCAGUGAAAAUUGUUGAAAGUAAUUUUCCUUAAAUGAAUGGCGUAAUUGAUUUUCCUGCAACCUUUAACUGAAAGCUUACACGUUUUUGUAGUC